AUGACUCCCACACUUAAUUCAAUAAAACUCCCUGCUGGAGGUAAUUUGGGAACUCAAUAUCCAUCUCAAUUCAUGAUUCUUGGUGAUAAUUUCGAUGCUUCUGGAAAUGGUGCAGAAAUUUUAUACAAUGGUAUAGUUUUAACCGAUUGUAUAGUAAAUUCAUGGUUAAGUUCUAUUCCUACAAGAUACGCUUGUACAAUACCUUCAUUAGUUGGAAGCUUUGUUAUGGGUGAAAAGGUAGCCAGUAAAGUUUCUAAUAACAUAACAAUGUGGUAUGAUCCUCCAGGCAUACAAUCUAUAUUUCCAGUGCUUUCCCAUUCUGAUUCCUUGUUAACUAUCGAUGGCUUUAAUUUCGAACCAUAUUCGAAAGACAAAACAAUUGUAACUAUCGAUGAUAAUACCUUGAAACCAAUAAAUGGAAACACUUUUAAAAUAUUUUUAAAUGUCGGAGGUCAAAAUAUUACAUAA